AUGCCUUACACAGACGAAGACUAUUUCGUCCCGCUAGAGGACCAGCGCGUCUUUGGCGCAGGCAUUCGACGAAAACGCGUCCCUUUCGUUCGGUCAUCAGAACAUGAACUGAACACCACAGUCACCGCUAAUGCUCAACCUACAUCGACAACUGCUGCAUCAGCUGGUGUGAAUAUAGCUAAUAGAUAUUUAUCAAUCGUCCUGCCUAAAGAUCAACCGAAACUAGAACAAAAGCAAGAACAGAAUGAACAAGUCCACCCGGCACCACCGUCCCCCUCUUCGAUGACAACUCCGCAACUAUUACAACGCUGCGAGAUCUGCAACCUCCCCUUGACCUCCGACUCAAACACAAUGGGUUCCCACCGUCCUCAUGAAGCGUCACUUGCGCACCAGCUCUGCCUUGCCCAUUCUCACCCGCCCUCGCAUCUGGACCGAACCCGUCACGGCCUCCGCUACCUGUCUGCUUACGGAUGGGAUCCAGAUAGCAGACUCGGUCUCGGCGCUCCGGGGCGAGAGGGGAUACGAGAACCGGUAAAACCGAGAGUAAAGCAUGAUACUAUCGGUCUGGGAGUAAAUAUAGAUGAGGAUGCAGAUGAAGGCCCGGUCUCGAAGCGAAGUAGGAACAAAGAGCCGCCAAAGCCGACAAAGGUCGAGAAGCUUAAUGCGAAGCAAGUUCGGAAGAGUCAUGCGGAGGCCAAAAAGAAGAACGAGAAGUUAAGGGAGCUGUUUUUUCGGAGUGAUGAUGUCCAGAAGCACCUUGGUCUUUCAUGA